AUGGGUGAAAUCGUUGGUAAGUGCGCAAAGAGGACGAAUAAAGCUAGCAGUUUGGAGAAGCGGACAAAGCGGCAUGAAAUUAGGAUUAGCCCUCCAGACGAUGACACAGGAGAAGUGACAUUACGCAGCAAGGAGAAGGGAAAUAUGCCAAAGAAAAUUAAGCCAAAAGCUAAGGUGAAGGAUGAGGAAUAUGAUUCUGACUUUUAUGAAGGAUCAUUUCGCAGUAAUCCAACAUCCUCUUUACUGUCAUCAGAAGUGAUGACGCCAUGCACGUUAGAAGCAUUGGUUGCAUUUGGGUAA